UGUUGUGAUUGUGAAGGCAAGUCUGAAGUCUCUGUUGAGUGUGGAGCCGAGCACCGAGAGCAUGUUCAGGGGGUAGACUAUCGGCAGGUACGCAGAAAAUAACAGCGGAUUCCACUGCCAAUUUAAGAAACAAAGGUAGCUUCAAAGUUACUCCUCAUAUCCGCCUACCUGCCUAUGAUCGGAGAUAGAUGGAGAAGCGAAGUGGGCACUUUGAGUUUCACUAGUCAACCAGAAAAAGCAAUAUAGAGUUCACAAAUAUUGGUUGCUUAAAAGGUGGAAGCUUGGGUGGAUAAAGUUGCAGAUUAAAAAUGGGCAAGAAAAAUUCUUUCAGGAGCAAAGCAGCACACUUUGUAUCAGAUGUCACAACUGUCCUCCUCAACCCCAUUUCUGACAAACCCUCGAAACCUCCCUCGCCCACCGUAAAGGAAGAUGAGAAUGGGCCAAGAAAAAGUCAGCUAGAGCCAGUUGAUGAGGAGGAUUCUGAGGAUUUAGGUGAUGGGCCUGAUACUUCUUCCUUCCCUGCAUUCCUCUAUUCUCUUUGGUCAACCUCUGAUGCAAAUUCAGACGAGAAAAAUGAUAGUCAAGCUGAAAUGGGUGGCUCCCCUUCUGAUCCUGUGAUAAAAGAGAGUGGGAAAAAGAAAAGCUUAUUUUCCAGGGGUAAACAAUCACUGAGAACCCUUUACCAAGCUGCUAGAAUAAGCGGCUACCGAAAUCAAGAGCGCAAGACUGAUUCUGACUCCGACGUGGAACCUGAUGAAAAAAGUGAUGAUAAUUUGGAUGGACUUGAAAUGAGAGACAUAUCAAAAAUGAAAGAGUCUACGCCUUUGGCAGAUCUUCCGGAUAUCUCUGAACCUUCUUUGCUUAUUUCAGAGAAAACAAGAGGUGUCCUUUAUGCUUCACUUCCAGUGCUUGUUCAAGGGAGGAAAUGGUUGUUGCUCUACAGUACAUGGAGGCAUGGCAUAUCACUCUCAACCCUUUACCGAAGAAGCAUGCUUUGGCCUGGCCUUAGUUUGCUGGUUGUAGGAGAUCGUAGAGGUGCGGUGUUUGGGGGCUUGGUUGAAGCUCCCCUGAGACCAACCAACAAGAGAAAGUAUCAGGGAUCCAACAGUACAUUUGUAUUUACAAAUACAUCAGGCCAACCUGUUAUAUUUCGCCCAACAGGUGCAAAUCGCUAUUUCACUUUGUGCUACACUGACUAUCUAGCAAUUGGUGGCGGAGGACACUUUGCGCUUUAUUUGGAUGGUGACCUGUUGAAUGGAUCAAGUUCAGUUUCUGAAACCUAUGGGAACCCUUGUCUUGCAAACUCUGAAGACUUUGAAGUAAAGGAAAUUGAGUUGUGGGGCUUUGUGUAUGGUUCAAGGUAUGAAGAAAUACUUGCUUUAAGUAAAACUGAGAUGCCUGGUAUUUGCCGGUGGUAACGCUUGGGGAAGAUCUCGUUUUCUCGUGAUGAUCAAGUUCCUUAAGGAGUUUCUUGUCUCGUUGAUAUAACUGGAUGAUAAUAUGCUGGUGUUGUACCACCGAAUGAGGGCGAUCUUUCUGUAUAUUCAUGGUGUCUCCUAGUUACUAUUUUACACUUUGUACGUGUCACUCUACACUGUAUGAAGGACUCUUGCACAAUUUACCAAUUUUGGGUAUAAAUUGGAUUUGAGACGCCUCU